AUGGAUAUUAAAAAAAUUGGUGUCAUAUGUAUAGCCCUGGCCCUUUUGGCUUAUGCUCAAGCUUUGGAAGUACGCAAACCUGAAAGUUAUACAGCUACAUCUAUAAGCCCUUUGGAAAUUGGACAACAUGAACAGGUGGCUGACAUUGCAGAAGAAUCCUUGGAAGCUGUUAAACCCGAAAGUUUUACUGCCACUACUGUAAGCCCUUUUGAGGAUAUACCAGAGACACAAGAAAGGCCCUUGGUAGCUGCUCAGCCUGAAGUUGUUAAAGAAACUCAAGGAAAUUCCACUGAUCUAGAGGAGCUUAGUGUGAUUUAUAUCGAUGAGAAUGGCAAUGAAGUGAAUUAUGAUAAGAAUCUAUACUUUUGUGAAAACUGUGAAGAGGAGGAGGAGAAGGCGAAUGAAAAUAAUGACAAUAAGAAAUCGAUUUUCACUAUCACUGAGGAAGAACUUGCUGAAAUAAGUGAUGAUGGUGAUUAUGAAAUUGAGGAUGAUGAUGAGGAUGUUGAAGAAGAGCCUCAAUAUGAUGAUGAAGAUGCUGUGGAUUACAUGAAUGAUGAUGAUGAUAAUGCAGAAGACGAUAUACAAUUUGACGAUGAAGAUUUUGUGGAUGAAAUAAAUGAAGACGAUGACGAAGGUUCAGGAUUUUAUGAGGAAUAA